AUGGCCGACGUUAAGAAAGGCAAGACUCCCCAGGACUUCUUCAUCGACUUCAUGAUGGGUGGUGUCUCUGCGGCUGUCGCCAAGACCUCCGCUGCCCCCAUUGAGCGUAUCAAGCUCCUCAUUCAAAACCAGGAUGAGAUGAUCAAGCAGGGUCGUCUCGCGGAGCCCUACAAGGGCAUCGGUGACUGCUUCACUCGCACCAUGAAAGAUGAGGGUGUGCUCGCGCUCUGGAGAGGCAACACUGCCAACGUCAUCCGGUACUUCCCUACGCAGGCCUUGAACUUCGCCUUCAAGGACUACUUCAAGUCGCUGUUCGGCUUCAAGAAGAAUGACGGUUACUGGAAGUGGUUCGCUGGCAACGUCGCCUCUGGUGGUGCUGCCGGUGCGGCGUCUCUCUUGUUCGUCUACUCCCUCGACUACGCCCGUACGCGUCUCGCGAACGACGCCAAGUCCUCCAAGGGUGGAGGAGCUCGUCAGUUCAACGGUCUCGUUGAUGUCUACAAGAAGACUCUCGCGUCCGACGGUAUUGCCGGCCUCUACCGUGGCUUCGUUCCCUCAGUCGUCGGCAUCAUCGUCUACCGUGGUCUCUACUUCGGUGUCUAUGACUCCCUCAAGCCGGUCGUUCUCGUCGGUGCGCUCCAGGGUUCAUUCUUGGCCUCCUUCGCCCUCGGCUGGGGUGUCACCAUUGGUGCCGGUCUUGCGUCGUACCCCCUCGACACGAUUCGUCGUCGCAUGAUGAUGACGUCUGGUGCUGGCGUUCACUACAAGUCCAUGUUCGAUGCUGGCUCCCAGAUCGUCGCCAAGGAGGGCAUGAAAUCCCUCUUCAAGGGUGCUGGUGCCAACAUUCUGCGUGGUGUUGCCGGUGCUGGUGUGCUGUCGCUCUACGACAAGCUCCAGGAGGUUGUCUUCGGCAAGGUUUACUCGGGUGGCUCUGGCUAA